UUUCGUCUUCUUUUUUUCUGGGUUCGCUUCAGCUUCUGUGGAAGAUAAUACAUUAAUGGCCGAGUAUAUCUGUUUACUUAACAAGGACACUCUGAUUAUAAAACCUCUUAAGAAAUCUCCAUUGUUUUCAAGGACAAUAGCUUUAUGGUUUGCAAUGAUGUGCGGUGUUUAUAUCUAUGGAGCAUGUUUAAAACAUGUCGGUAAUUUCACUAAGCUCGGGUUUCAUGGCAUCCAAGUCAUUGAGAAGCCACCCUUGGAAGGUCAAAUUCCCACGUUGCAUUACCCAAACCCAGAAAGUUUUAGCAGGGGUGAAUGUGGUUCGAAUCCGGUCCGGUUCUUUGCGAUAUUAUCAAUGCAAAGGUCCGGAAGUGGAUGGUUUGAGACUUUGCUAAAUAGCCAUAUCAAUGUAAGCUCCAAUGGUGAGAUAUUCUCGGUAAUUGAUAGGAGGAAAAAUGUGUCCACUGUUAUACAAACUUUGGAGAAAGUUUACAAUUUAGAUUGGUUCACUAGUGCUUCGAAGAAUGAAUGCUCGGCCGCUGUUGGCUUCAAGUGGAUGCUAAAUCAGGGAUUGAUAGAGCACCAUCGAGAAAUAGUAGAAUACUUCAAUCAUCGGGGUGUUUCUGCUAUAUUUCUCUUCCGAAGAAAUUUGCUUCGGAGGAUGGUUUCAGUACUCGCGAAUUCGUAUGAUCGAUAUGCAAAGCUAUUAAAUGGAACCCACAAGUCUCAUGUUCAUUCAGAGCAAGAGGCUGCCGCACUUUCGAGUUACAAGCCGAUGAUCAAUUCUACAUCAUUAAUGAUGGAUCUUAAAGAAGCAGAAACGGCCGUUGUUAGGGCUUUAGAGUACUUCGAUAGUACCCAUCACAUGGUUUUGUACUACGAGGAUCUUGUCACAAACCAUACGAAACUCAAAGAUGUUCAAGAGUUCCUAGGCCUUCCACAGAUGGAAUUAACUAGUGGCCAGGUUAAGAUACACAAAGGUCCGUUAUCUGAUUCGGUGAACAACUGGGACGAUGUCAACAAGACACUAAGCGGGACAAAAUACGAGAGAUUCCUUCAUACCGACUAUUAAAAAUGACUGUUGCUCGCAAAAAGGACUGCAUGGAUGGCAUCUUUGGCCAGUUUUUAUUGCGGAAACUGAAUGGACAUUUUCCCAAUUUUGUCUGCCGUGAAGUCACGAUGUUCACCAUGCCAGAAACAAUCUGGCAAGCAAAUACCAUGAAGCCCUCCGCCAUU